AUGACCAUCACCAGUGUCACACGCAACGAGCUCUGGCGGCACCCGGCCCCCACCUCGACACCCAUGUGGGCGUUUCUGCUCAAGGUCAACUCCAAGUACGGUCUCGAACUGAACGACUACCCCGGUCUCUACAAGUGGUCCAUCGAGAACGUCGCCGAGUUCUGGGAGGAGGUCUGGCACUUUGUGGGCAUCACCGCAUCCAAGCCGUUCGACCAGGUCCUCCCGCCUGAUGCCCCCAUGUACCCCCGGCCAGACUUCUUUGCCGGCUCCCGUCUCAACUUCGCCGAGAACCUCCUCUUCCCCGCCAACGUCACCGUCGACCCCACCGCCGCCGCAACAAUCACAACCACCGAACUCGGCACCUCCGUCUCCACAUCCUGGGCCGAGCUCCGCGAGGCCGUCCGCCGCUGCUCCGCCGCCCUCCGCCUCCGCGGUCUCGGCCCCAACGACAUCGUCGCCGGCUUCGUCUCCAACCACCACCAGGCCCUCGUCGCCUCCCUCUCGGCCGCCGCCAUCGGCGCGGUGUGGACUGGCAUCAGCCCCGACAACGGUGUGAGCGCCGUCCUCGACCGUCUCGCUCAAAUCUCUCCAAAGGUCUUGUUCGCCGACAAUGGAACCGUAUACAACGGCAAGGAAUGGAGCAGCACCGACAAGACGGAAGAAAUUGUCAAAGCCCUUGCCGCCACCGGCCUCCAGCAUGUCAUCGUGAUCAACAACGUAGCGUGUGACCUCGGCAUGGAAGGCCUCCAGAUUCCAGGCGUGACUGCAGAGGAAUACACUUCCUUCCUCGCCAGCGCCCCUGACGUCCCUCUCCACUUCGAGCAGCUUCCUCCCUCUCACCCUCUCUACAUCCUCUACUCCUCCGGCACGACAGGUCUUCCCAAGGCAAUCGUUCACACCGCUCUCGGCACUCUGAUCCAACACAAGAAAGAACACGCCCUCCAAGGCUCCAUCACCUCGUCUUCCCGCAUGCUCUACUACACAACCACCUCCUGGAUGAUGUGGCACUGGUCCGUCUCCGCCCUCGCCGUCGGCGCGACCCUGGUGCUCUACUCCGGCUCCCCCUUCAAACCCGCCGGCCACCUCUCUCUCCCGCGCCUUCUCUCCUCCCUCCGCGUAACCCACUUCGGCACCUCCGCGGCCUACCUCACCGCCCUCGAGGCCGCCCAGGUGUACCCCGUAAACGAGGGCAUCGACCUCUCCGCCCUUGAGGCCAUCUACUCCACCGCCUCGCCGCUACCUCCGUCCACCUUCUCCUUCGUCUACAAAGCCUUCCCCUCCAAAAUCAACCUCGCUUCCAUCACAGGCGGCACGGACAUCAUCUCCCUCUUCGGCGCCCCCUGUCCCCUCCUCCCCGUCCGCGUCGGCGAGAUCCAGUGCGCGGGUCUAGGAAUGGCCAUCCGCGCAGUCGACUCCAUCUCCGGCGGCCCCCUCCCAGACGCAACCCACCCAGGCGACCUCGUCUGCGUCCGCCCCUUCCCCUGCCAGCCCCUGACCUUCUUCGGCCCCGGCGGCGACGCAAAGUACAAGUCGGCCUACUUCGAACGCUUCGCCGACAUCUGCGGCGUCUCCGGCCCCGUCUGGCACCACGGCGACUUCGUCAAGAUCCCCAACCCGGCCACCGGCUCCCUCGUCAUGCUCGGCCGCUCCGACGGCGUCCUGAAGCCCGCCGGCGUCCGCUUCGGCUCCGCCGAGAUCUACAACAUCCUCACCCGCUUCUUCCCCGCCGAGGUCGAGGACGCCGUCUGCGUUGGCAGACGCAGGAUCACCGACUCGGACGAGACCGUCUGCCUCUUCGUCGUCCCCGCGGAGGGGCGCAAGUUCGACGACGACCUGAGGGCCAGCAUCAAGAGCGUCAUCCGCCGCGAGCUGAGUCCCAGGCACGUGCCCGGUGUGGUGGAGGAGUGCGGCGGCGGGAUCCCCAAGACGGGCAACGGAAAGAAGAUCGAGGUUGCCGUCAAACAGAUCCUCUCCGGCAUGGACGUCAAGACGAACGCCUCCGUCGCCAACCCCGAGGCCCUGGAAUGGUUCCGCGAAUGGGCCAAGACUCACUAA